ACCACUGAACCUUCAAAAGAAACAUUAUUUUUUCAAACCCCUCAGAGCAUAAAAAAGCAAAUUCUCAUGUUUACAAGUAUUUUUAAACCCGAGGUGAAUUACAAAAAAAAUUCAGUUUACUGAAGUUCAUAAUUAUCACAAAGAUAACGCGGCGUCCUGAUGUUGAAUUGCUGAUAAAAUCAUAACAAUAGCUCAAAAACUGGUAACCCUCCGAUGAAUUUGCGCGCCCAUUUAUUCGAAAUAACCAAUGGCAAGUCAGCGUCCAAUGAAUUUAACAGGGUGGCCAUAGUCAAAUCCAAGAUGUCCGUGCGCUUGACGCGAGAACUUCCACCGCAAUCCACUAAAAACACCUUGUUACUGAUUUAAGUAAUAAUAAUUAUAUUAAUUGAAGUUUUAUCGAACUAUGGAGUUUUCUGUGGCAGAUUCAACAGCAUUGGAAACAUCUAUAGACAUCGUCGAGGAGCCGACUGUGGAGGGGGAGCCCUUUACAGAGACCAUUGAGAUCAGCCACAACGUUAACAUCACUGUCGACAAUAAUAAGGAUCCACUGGACUUCUUCAUUGAGACCGACGACAAGUACCCAAUUCGCCCCUGCUACAUCCAUGUCGAACGAUGUGACAAGAUUUGGGAAACCAUGAAGCUUAUUCGAGAGCUGCAGGAGCCCCACUCCAACGACUCCCUUGACCAUUACUACGACGACGACGACAACGAAGACGACGAUGACGACGCAGAAGAGGAAGACGAAGACGAAGCAGCAGACGAAGAAGAAGAAGAAGAAGAAGAAACGACUGACUCCCCCCUGAACGACGAGGAGUCAAACUCCUCCUCCUCUCAGGCGAAUCCAAUGAUUCCCUACAUAAAGUACCAACCAGUGUUGGGAAACGGCAACACAGCACUCCCCAACUUCCAGUUUUCCGUAAAAAGCACUCGUGCCCUGUAUCAAUGCAAUACAUGCGGUCGUCAAUACAGUCACCGCUCCACCUUACGGGAACACUCAGAACGAAUCCACAACAUAAUCCUCCCUAUGAUCCGUCGUCCCCCCAAAUGGAAACCCGAGAGAUCAGACUCUCUUUCAAAAACCGAUGACAAGUCUCACGAUAAUGAUGACGACGAGAGUAAUCACGAGUCAGGGAGCACCAUUUCUUCAACCCCGUCAGAAGACAAAGAACGUCUUCUAGACUCAGCCAGUGAAACCCAGGAAACUGAAUACCUCAGCCCAUCUGGCAAAAUCCGGCACACAGGAACCUGCAAGCACUGCGGCAAGGUUCUCUCCGAUAAAUAUUACUUAAAAGUCCACGAAACUCUAAUCCAUGGACUAGCCUCCCCCUUCCCUAAUGGCGGAGGUCCCCUCGUCCUCAGGAACUAUGUGGCAAAGGCGCCUGCCAUGGUCACCUGUGAUCACUGCAACGACUUCUUUUAUGGAUCGGAAAAAUUAAACGAACACAAGCAAAUCAUCCACGGAAUUAUUUCAGAAUCUUCCACUUCAACCUCUGCUGUUUCAUCAUCCUCUGACACCAGUAAAAUUAACGGCAGGAAACAGGUGGCGAUGAAGAAGCCAGCGACUUCUUCUGUGAACACUUUGUCAUCCAAGCAGACAGAGCCGAGAAGUCCAUCAAGUCAAAAAUUGGAACCUUUGAAAUUAAAGCCAUCUAUCGCAUCGUCUCAACCCAUUCGAAAAAACAAGAACGGAAAGAUAAUAAGAACAUGUGAAGCCUGUGGAAAGCUCUACUCCAACAAUACAAACUGGAAGAUCCAUCUGAUAACAGUCCAUGGGAUAAUCCCGCCCCAGAGAAUAGCCGUCCGGAGAACCUAUACAACCAAUUCUUUAGGCAUUCACAGCUGCAAGUACUGCAACAAAAAAUUCUCGUACACGACAACCCUCCGGAACCAUGUGAUCCUACAACACAUCAAAGAACAAAUCUCAAGUCAAAAGCCAUUAAAACCUCAGAAGCCAUCACAGAUUCAAAGAAAACCGCAACCCGUCGCCCCCUCAUCCUCAUCCUCAUCCUCGAAACUUCGUAAUGCUUCUCAACCCCACAAGCCCCCGCCGAAAUUAACAAAAAUCGUUCCCCAAGAGCAGGAAGACACGAAACCUCUAAUUUACAGCUGUGAAAGUUGCUCGAAUACCUACUGCUCUCGUCAAAGCCUUCUCUACCACAUGGCCAACGUCCAUCAGAUUUACCAGACUCAUACCAGAAAGGUCCGACCAAAUGACUUUAACAAACCUUUCGCAUGUCAGGUCUGUCACGAGAGGUUCUGGGGUAAAAAGAACCUCAACCAACACGAGCUGAUCUUCCAUGGUAUUCGAUCAUGCUUGCAGGGAAGGCAAAGAGCCGUUCACAAAGCAAACAAACGAGCCAGCUUGUGUCCGAAUAGAUUCAAGGACGGAAAGAUAGAGAGACCUCCACAGUUGACGCCAGUUCGUUCUCUACGAGACAAAGAGCGUCUGAACUACGAUGAGGCCAAAUUAUUAAAUGAGAAAGAGGUCUACAAGACCCCGAAAACACCAGCAGGCUCGAGAAUAAAGAAAGAACCCACAUCACAGAGUCCAUCGGGCAAUGAAGAACCGGUUGUUCAAUGUAUACUUUGCAACAGACACUGCAAGAAGAUAAAGAAGCAUUUCGUAGAAUUCCACAAGGUGCGAAACCCUGAAAUACUCAUUUCGCAGUGUCAGAUAUCUCCGUUGAAUCCAUCACCUACCAAGAAGGAGAGCAAGGCUCCAUUGACUAUUAAGAAGGAGAUCAAGGCUCCAUUGCCUAUUAAAAAGGAGAUCAAGGCUCCAUUGGCUAUUAAGAAAGAGAUCAAGGCUCCACUGCCGAUCAAAAGGGAGAUGAAGAAAAAAAAUAUUAUCAAGGCUUCUCAGAUCAAACAAGAGCCUGGUACUCUUCAUUUGCCUAUGAGACGAAAAAGAAGACCAGUGGAUUCCAUGAGACAGAAGAAGGCGAUGCCUGUUCCGGGACCACAAGCUCCUUUUGAAUUAGUAUUGAAGGAGAUAAUGCAGAAGAACCGGAGGGUCUAUGCGUGUAAGUUCUGUAGGUUUAUAACUUAUGGGUAUGAAACCGCGAGGAAACACUGCAGACUGGAGCAUUCAGGAGGUACAACUGCUGGAGUGCAACAGCCACAAGAAGAUUCAGAUAAAAAGAUGGAUAUUAAGAUAGCUCCUGUGAUCCAGAGGCGAAGGUCUGAGGGACAGCUGAUGGGCAAAAAGCGACGGAGGGAGUCUUUAGAUGAAAAGGAGAUUCAGAAGAGAAGGAUUUCCUCGGUUUUCGGGGGAGAGCUGAGAAUGACAAGAGCUGUGAAGAGACUAAAAGAGGAGCUAGAACACAAGUGUGAGAAUUGUGAGAGGAUGUUCAGAAAUGCAGAUAUCCUGGCUGCUCACAAGGUUUCGUGCAAGACUAGAAUGACGUUCGAGUCGGGAAUGGAGUCCAAUGAUACUAGAGAAAGCAGUGACAGAGAUUCUGGUAUUGGGAUUAGUAUUACGAUCAAGAAGAAGAAUGAUUCGUAUGAGAUCGUCAGCAGGGAUAGCAGUGGAGAGAGACCUUCAAAAAGGUUCAACACAGGAGAUGGUUCCUCCGAUGCUUCUUCAGAUACAAGAAACUCUCUAAACUUCGCUCACGAGCAUCGAGUAGUUAAAUUAGAGAAGAUGGAUGACGAAGAUUUGGAGGUAGAUCUCGACGCGGAAACUUUUGAGGAACAGGAGUUCGAGACUGUCGACGCUGUGGAGGACCCACCACCUGGGCAGAUCCUUUCAUUAACAGAUCUCUGUAAACGAGCGCUUGGGCACACUCGCCAAGUCCCUAAGAGCUCAAAAAUUCGCAGUAACAGGGGCCAGGGGUUCCAGUGCAGGGUUUGCAAGGGAUAUUGGCCGAGCCGCAGAUCCAGGGGCACACACUGUUGGAAGGCUCAUAAAGUAUCAGCCACUGAGACUGAUCCGGUCUACAAGGUCGAAUCGUUGAGAAAUCUUUGUGUCAAUGUCCUGCAGAAUCAUGGGGAUCUCGAGGCUGCUAAGAAAGUCUGGUAUCCCUGUCAUAUCUGUAAUACCGUCUGGCCCACUACUAAAUCCAGGCGGAGCCAUGUUAGUGCACAUGAGUGGAGAAAGAGAGGUAGUUCGUAAUUGUGUAGAUUCAUUAGUUAGGGAGGUGGAGGUGAAGUAGUGUUUAUUUAUUACUUUCGUUGGAGAGAAUAGGAUUAUUGUAAGGUUACUCUGCUGUGUACGUUAUUUCGUUAGAGGAGGAUGUGAUCAUUUUUUGCAAUUGACUUUUGUGGGUAGAGGGGAAAAUUUCUAUAGACAUUUCUUGGGGAAAUACAAUUCUUUGCAAAAAGAGGUCUCUUAACUUUGUUUUGUUUUUCUCCUAGACCCAAGGGUUCUGGAGGCAUUUGUAAAAUUGUGAAAAAGUCACAGAAACUCCCCCACUCAAAUCUCUACAACACCAAACAAUAACAUCCAUCCAUUAGACAUGGUGAUCAAUAUCAUCCUUGUAUAAAUUUUAAAUUCAUUAACAUACGUAAUACAACAGCGGAAAGCGAAACCACACAACCUCGUUAUAUUAUCUUUAUUUCAAUUCGACAUUGUCACUAGAGUGAUUCAAACAAUUUUUUAACAAAUCUACAGCUUGUCACGUAUUGUUAACUAGUCGUAAUGUCAACGAUUAGACCAAAGCAGAGUGUUAUCAACAAGUGCAGAAAAAAUCCCCAAUUAAAAGCAAAAGCAUUAAAAUAACUUAAUUAAUAAAAAAUUAAGGAAGGGGAAAAAAUUCGUGAAUUGUAUGUAAAAAAUUCCCAUUUAGUGUUUCCUCUGUUUCGUUCUGUUCUGUUACUUCGGUUUAAGAGCAUUAAUUAGUUAUGAAUGAAACAAUAUUAAUUAUGUACCGAUUAUGUUGUCUUAGUUGGACAAAUUUCACUCGAUGAAGCAACACGUUUUGAACCUAUUGAUAUUUUUUCAUGAAUAAAAAAGUUUGAAUGAAGUAAAUAAGGAUAACUUGUAACUAGGAGUUUAUUUCGAAAGAUGAGAAAAAAUCAUGAAUAAUGUGCAUGUAAUGGCAUUUAUUUUAAACGUACAUAAUUGAAGCAUAAUGUAAAUAAAUGAGAAAAAAAUAUCCGUACAAUAAAACAUGUGUUUCUAUACUCUGAA